AUGGGCAUAAAUGGAAAUGAAGUUCAUCAUCAAUCAUCGACAGAUCAAAGGGCACAAUCUGAUGAUACUUCUCUUCAUCAAGAAAUUGACUUUCCUUCUACACAACCUCGUUGGAGUAACUCUUCACGAGAGACAUGGCCAUUAAGUAAUAACUGCUCAAGCGACAUAGAUACGAUGAGAACUUCAUCAACAUCAGUGAUCUCUCAUCAUCAAAGAUCCAUCCUUCACGAUCAGGAUCAAAGGUCAAACGAUCAAGCAAAGAGGUGUGGAGAUGUUAGUUGUAACAAUCCAAGUUUGGAGUUCACAUUAGGCAGACCAGAUUGGCACGAGAAAUGA